AUGUCGACCGCCCAGUUCGACCGCGAUCUGCGCAGCGCCCACAUCGACUUCAAGCGCUCCAAGGACCACCGCGCGAAGUGGGAGCACGGCGCCCGCGGCAUGCACGCCGGCGGGCUCAACGUCUCGCCGGACGCCGACAGCGACGCGCUGCUGGCCCGCGGCCUCCGGCCCCGCAAGCCCAUGGUCCGCUACUGGGUCAUGCCCAGCAACAACAUCCAGAAGCCCGACCGGGGCCACCGGUCCAGCGUCCCGCCCGCCCGCCACCGCGAGACCUCGCGGGCCCUGCUGGAGCUGCAGGAGUCCAAGGCCCUGUCGACGUCGGAGAUUCUGCAGGGCGGGCCGGCCGCCCCGACGAAGACGACGCGGGCCGACACGUUUGUGGCUGCGAGCGCUUCUCCCCUGUACAGCUUCGACCACAACGCCCCCGCCGCGGCCCUCCCCCUCGACGCCUUCAUCAAGGCCCCCACCGUCCGCGACACUGAAAAAAUGAUCAAGAACGAGUACGAGGUCCUCGACGCCAACGGCGAGGCCGUGCACGGCCGCAAGGCCCGCGCGGUCCUGCGCCAGGCCGCCGCCAACUCGCCCCUCACACAGCCCAAGCUCGUCGAGGUUGUCGACGACGACGACGACGACUUUGAGCUGGUGUAG